CUCUUGAUCUUGCAGGUUAGUGACUCAAUGAAUGUCUCUGAGCCAUAUUCCAGCUUUGCUUCUGUAAGAGAAUUUAUACUCUUAGGUUUUUCCUGUGAGUGGAAAAUUCAGAUCCUCCUAUUUUCACUCUUUACUACAAUGUAUGCUUUGACUGUAACAGGGAACGGGGCCAUUGUCUGUGCUCUGUGGUGUGAAUGGAGACUCCACAUCCCCAUGUACAGAUUCCUGGGGAAUUUCUCCUUUCUAGAGAUCUGGUAUGUCUCUUCUACAGUCCCCAAGAUGUUGGUCAACUUCCUCUCAGAUAAAAAGACCAUCUCAUUUGCUGGAUGUUUCCUCCAAUUUUAUUUCUUUUUCUCUUUGGGAACAUCUGAAUGUUUCCUCUUGGCCGUCAUGGCCUUUGAUCGGUACCUUGCUAUCUGCCGUCCCUUGCACUACCCUAAUAUCAUGACUGGGCAUUUCUGUACCAAACUGGUCAUUAUCUGCUGGGUUUGUGGAUUUCUGUGGUUCGUGAUCCCCAUUUUAUUCAUCUCUCAGAUGCCCUUCUGUGGUCCGAACGUUAUUGACCAUGUUGUGUGUGACCCAGGGCCACUGUUUGCAUUGGCAUGUGCCUCUGCCCCAACAACCCAACAGCUUUGCUACACUCUAAGCUCAUUAGUUAUAUUUGGUAACUUCCUCUUCAUCCUUGGAUCCUAUAUGCUUGUCUUAUUAGCUGUGUUGCGUAUGCCUUCUGCCACUGGGAGACAUAAGGCCUUCUCUACCUGUGGGUCUCAUUUGGCUGUGGUAUCACUCUUCUAUGGCUCCUUGAUGGUCAUGUAUGUGAGCCCUAGACUCAGACAUUCUGCUGGUAUACAGAAGGUUGCAACUUUGUUCUAUGCUAUGGUAACCCCACUCUUCAACCCCCUCAUCUACAGCCUCCGGAAUAAGGAGAUAAAGGCAGCCCUGAGGAAAGUUCUGGGGCAUCUCAACAUAAUCCAAGAUACACUUGAUGAUCCCUCCAUUAUCAGGUCAGUAUAGUCUCACAAAAAGCAGUCAGGAUUAUACAGUUAUUCAAAUCUUCAAAUAUAAGUCUAGUGAUAUUAACUAUAUCAGCUUAUGAAAUUAAGCAUCU